GUUUUCUGGUGAGUUUCUCUACAAAGCCAUCUCUCUCUCAGACUCUCUCAUUCCUUAAUCAUUUCUAUACAUUCCCUUGAAUAACAUUAGGGAUUUCACGGCCAUUGAAGAGAAGCAAAGCUGCAUUUUUAUACACUCACGGCCAUUGAAUAACAUCAGCGAUUUCACGGCCACUGAAGAGAAGAGAAGGUGCAUUUCUUAUCCACUCGCGGCCAUUGAAUAUUAGGGAUUUCACGGCCAUUGAGAAGAUUUUGGUUUUUGGAUUAAGGAUUUAGAUGACGAUGAGUGAGGGAAAGACCAUGCAUUUAGAACAGGGAUGGGAGUUCAUGCAGAAGGGGAUCACAAAGCUGAAGAACAUUCUAGAAGGGCUGCCCGAGCCACAUUUCAGCUCUGAGGACUACAUGAUGCUCUACACGACCAUCUAUGACAUGUGUACUCAGGAGCCUCCUCAUAAUUACUCCCAACAGCUUUAUGACAAGUACCGGGAGUCAUUUGAAGAUUACAUAACUUCAGUGGUUUUGCCAUCUAUAAGGGAGAAGCAUGAUGAAACUUUUUUGAGAGAGUUUCAAAAAAGGUGGGCAAAUCACAAAGUUAUGGUGAGGUGGCUUUCUCAUUUCUUCCAUUAUCUUGAUAGAUAUUUUAUCACAUGGAGGUCACUUCCUCCCCUCAAUGGAGUUGGACUUACAUGCUUCCGUGAUCAGGUCUACCAGGAGUUAAAUGGAAAAGUAAGAGACGCUGUUAUUUGUCUGAUUGGUCAAGAACGUGAGGGAAAGCAGAUUGACCGAGUUCUAUUGAAGAAUGUUUUAGAUAUAUUUGUUGAGAUUGGAAUGGGGCAAAUGGAUCUGUAUGAAAAUGACUUUGAAGCAGCUAUGCUUAAAGAAACUGCUGCUUAUUAUUAUUUGGAAGCUAAUAACUGGAUUUCACAAGAUUCUUGUCCAGAUUAUACACAGAAAGGCGAGGACUGCUUGAAACAAGAGAAAGAUAGGGUUUCUCAUUACUUGCAUCCAAGUAGUGAGCCAAAGCUACUGCAGAAAGUUCGACGUGAGUUGUUGUCUGUGUAUGCAACCAAAUUGCUUCGCAAAGAUGUCUCUAUGCGGCCCCUUGCGUUGCUUAGAGGUGACAAGGUGGGAGAUUUGUCAAGAAUGUCCAGGCUCUUUUCUAAAGUAUCUCAAGGCUUAGAUCCCGUUUCCAGCAUAUAUAAGCAGCAUGUUACUGCUGAUGGCCUCGCAUUAGUGUCAGAGGUGGAGAAAGACUCCUCGCACAAACAAGCGGAGAAGAAGGAUGUGGUUGGUUUGCAGGAACAGGUUCUUGUUAGAAAAGUGAUUGAGCUGCAUGACAAGUACCUUGCAUAUGUGAAUGAUUGUUUCCAAAACCAUACCAUUUAUAACCAGGCACUCAAGGAGGCUUUUGGGGUAUUCUGGAUGGAGGGUGUUGCAGGAAGGCCAAGUGCAGAACUACUUGCUACUUUCUUUGAUAACAUUCUUAAGAAAGGUGGAAGCAAGAAAUUGAGUGAUGAAGCCAUUGAAGAAACACUUGGAAAGGCAGUAAAGUUGCUUGCUUAUAACAGCGACACAGAUCAUGUCGCUCAGUUCAUAGAACUCUACAGAAAGAAGCUUGCUCGAAGACUUCUUUUUCACAAUACUGCAAAUGAUGACCAUGAGAGGAGUACUUUGAAAAAGCUUACGCAGCAGUGUGGUCAUCAAUUAACCUAUAAGAUGGAGGGAAUGGUCAGAGAUUUAAGAUUGGCAGGGGAAUAUCAUACCAGAUUCGAGGAGUAUCUAAGCAAUAAUCCACACACAAAUCGGGAGAUUGACUUUACUGUUACUGUUCUGAAUUCUAACUCAUGGCCAGAUUACAAGUCUUUUGUCCUCAAGCUUCCCCCAGAGCUGGAAAACUGCGUUAAUAAUUUCAACGAAUUUUAUAAGACGGAAGAUGGGAGGAAAAAGCUGAGAUGGAUACACCCAUUGGGUAUAUGUCAUAUUAUGGGAAAUUUUGAACCUAGAGCUAUUGAGCUUAUUGUGAGCACGGUUCAGGCUUCGGUCCUCUUACUUUUCAAUUCCUCAGAUAGGUUGAGUUAUUCAGACAUAAAGAGUGAAUUGAACUUGACUGAUGAUGACGUUGUUCAACUACUCCACUCCCUGUCAGGCGCCAAGUAUAAGAUUCUGAACAAGGAGCCGAACACAACAAAUAUAUCUCCUACUGAUUACUUUGAGUUCAACUCAAAGUUCACUGACAUAAAUAGUAGGAUCAAGAUUCCUCUUCUUAAGAACAAAGCUGUUGAUGAGAAGAAGGAAGUAAUAAAAGAUGUUGUCUGCGAUAGACGGUAUGAAAUUGAUGCCGCAAUUGUGCACCUCAUGAAGAGCCGUAAGUCUUUACGUCACAGGGAUCUGCUCGCCAAGUUAGAUGCUCAGUUGGAUAGCAAGUUCAAGCGUAAUAGGACGCUUGUAAAGAACCGCAUUGAAUCUCUAAUCGAAAGAGAAUUCAUUGAAAGAGACAAACAAGACGGCGAAUUGUACAAGUACCAGCCAUGAUGUGGCCCUUUUGGCGAUUUAUGAUUUGUUUCCAUAAAGUGACUUUUUUGUGAUGUAAUUCACAUCAGUUUCACACCCACUUUAUGAACAAUCAUAUAUUUUGUAA